GUAGCGGUACUUCAACAGAAAAAUACAGGUCAUUUGAGAUUCACUGCGCUUCGCUCAAAAACAAACGACAGCAGGAGGCACUAAAAGCUACAAUUAACCAAUUUUUUUGUUGAUGAUCAUAUAUCGCUUUUAAAAAGUGCAAGUGUGCAUGACACUGCGAUUUUCUGCGUCCAACCUCAGCGACUGUAGGUUUACUGCUGCUGGAAAUUUAGCAACAGUUUUGUCUUUUCUCUUUAUUAUCCGCAAACGUCAUUGUUGAGUCUCAUAUGAGACACAGCAUAAACCCAGCUUCUUUAAGUAGUAGUGGUUGACGUGUGUUGUAAAAAGUGACCAAAACACAAACGAAAACAUUGAGAUAAUGUCCCGAAGCUUGGACUUCUGUGGCGAACACGAACGUCUCACGACUCAUAACCACGUUAUGUAGCUUUCUCCUGCUGUCACUCUUGCUAAUGACACCUGUUCUCUGGUUAUGAGUCUCUGUUGCAAGGUCCAGUUAGCACGGGGCGUUUUGGAUCAGGGUCAUGGCUCUGAAGCAGAUCCAGAGACUUCCGCUGCUCGGGCAGUUCGGGAUUCAACGUUGCCCUCCUGCUGGAACUUUCAGCUCCUUCACCAAGGUGCUGAGCACCAGCAGUGAAGGUCAGCGCGUUUGUGUAGCCUGCUUGUAUAGCACAGCUGGCUGCUGCACCAGAACACAAGGCUGCAGAAGGGUCCAGUCAAACUUCCGGGUCAGGAGCCUGGCCACCAACAUCAGGGAGCCGGUAUUUGUGGCCAGCACCUCUGUAGGAGAAUUCCGGACAGUUCCGCAGUUCUGUCCAACCCAGCUGCACCGACCCCCAGUAGCCGAGGAGCAGGCGUUCCAGCAUCGUCUAGGAAGCUGCUCCACAUCCAGACAGGUCUUUAAACUGCUGCGCUCAGUGGAGCUCCUGUCCGACACCAUGGCUGCAGCAGCACUUCACCGCGUAGCCGACCUGGAGCAGGAGGAAAACUCUCUGAGGGAUCCAUCAGUGUUGGAGAAGGACACAAUAAGAGCUCUGUGCUUCCAGCUGGAGCAGGACUCUGGUCAUCUGACAGAUGCUGGGGUGGUGUCAGCCCUGUUUGCCUGCACACGCCUGUUUUUGGACCCCUGGAGCAUGUUGAUGGUGCGCCUUGUGUCUGAGAGCCAGGAGAGACUGGGCCGAGGCCAGAUGAGUAUAGGGCUGCUGUGUACCUUAGGCCAGGCAAUGUUGGCCAUUGAAGGCCCUGGAUGUGUGAUGCUGAAGCAGGUGAUGGGGGAAAUUCAGAGACAGUCACCUGCCCAGUGGAGCCUUGCAGACCUUGUUGCUGUUUAUAGACUUCUGCAAAGUGGCAUUGGUCAGGAUGCUAAAUACAGGGACCUGCUGAAUGCCUUGCACACCCAUGCUGUGACGGUCACCUCUCGUAUGGAUCCAGGUGACGUCAGUGUGCUGCUUAGUGCUCUGGUCACUCUGAAUCAAAUCCAGGCCAUGCCUUUAGUGACUAGUCUGUGUAAGCAGGCUGUGCGGCAUAUAUCUUACUUCACUGACGAGGAGCUCUCUCUUGUGCUUGGGGCACUGAUGCACUUUGGUCACAGUGACCAUUAUUUUGAGAAGGCGAUGGAGAGGUAUGUUCCCACAGUGGCCUUCACCUCCCACCCAGAGACAAUAACCAAGGUGAUGGAGUUCUUCAGCUGGAGGAACAUCCUGUCCCCGACUGUGUUGGAUGCCGUCGCUGAGAGCUUUGUGUACCGAGCAGACGACUACAACACCAACCAAGUGGCAAGGCAGAUUAUGGCUUUUGGGAAGCUGGGAUACCUCCCUCCCAAUGCGGGCGAGCUUUUCCGGAAAGUUGAAAACAUCCUGCAUACACGCUUUUCACAGUUCCAGCCUCAAGCAAUCCUGAACCUUCUUCACUCCUGCAUCCUCGUGGGGAGGUAUCCUAUUAAUUUUCUCUCCAAAGUUUUCAGCAGUUACUUUCUGCAGCAACUGCAAGAGCAGGGCACAGUUUUGGAUCGAUUCAUUUUGGCACAACUGACUCAGCUCUACAUUACCGUGAAGUUGGAGUGUCCUUUUUAUGAGAGUCCUAAACUUCUUUUAAAGUACCGCAUCAAGUCUUUCCACAUGUAUGGAUCCUCUCUGGAGACGCCAGUGGAUCGACAGCUGUAUAAUGCUGUGAAAACUGGACUCAUUAAGUUGCUUGGGGCUCGCUCAUAUUUUGGAUCUAGGGUUCUGACGCCAUACUGCUACACGCUUGAUGUAGAAAUAAAACUUGAUGAAGAUGGUUAUGUGCUGCCUGCCAGUCACAUUGAUGAUGUACAUAAGAGAAUAGCUGUUUGUAUUGACGGACAAGAGAGAUUCACCACUAACAUGAGGCAGCUGCUUGGGAAAGAAGCCAUCAAGCAGCGACACCUGAGGCUCCUGGGAUAUGAAGUUGUUCAGAUUCCUUACUAUGAAUUUGAAAAACUCCAAAGCAAGUCCAGCGUGGUGGAGUAUCUGCACCAAAAGAUCUUCCCUCACACUUACAGACUGAGCUGGUGAUUAAUACAGUCUGCUGUUGUUGGCUUUUUUCCCUCAAAAGAAAUCCAUAAUUAUAUUUGCUAUAGUCAUUGCCAAAUCAGUGUAUUUAUUUAAGAUCUUCCACACAGUUGAGUUGACAGCAAAGUUACUUGUACAUUGUGAAUAAAAAUGUUUUGUACA